AUGUCUUCCGCUAAGGUAUUUCUGAAGAGCUCUGAUGGUGAAACCUUCGAGGUCGAUGAAUCCGUCGUCUGUGUCUCAGAAAUUCUCAAAAACAUGAUCGAAGAUGGCUGCGUGGAUGAUACGAUAACAUUACCAAACGUCAGAUCCAGAAUUCUCCCGAAGGUGAUCGAGUACUGCAAGAAACAGGUCACCACUGACAAUGGAUCCUCGAAGAAGAAGAUGAAAACGACCAUUAAUUGCGAUGGAGAUGGCGAUGAGAAAGGGAAAAAAGCUCUCCCAUGGGAAGACGAUGGAGUAGAUUUUGGGAAACGAAAAGCAGAAGUUGAGGAACUGAAGAAGUGGGAAGCGGAGUACCUGGACAUUGAUCAACAAGUGCUUUACGAACUCAUGACCGCUGCAAAUUAUCUGGACAUUAAGGGAUUGUUGGAUAUGACGGCGGAAAAGGUAGCUAGCAUGAUUAGGGAGAGAACUCCGGAGCAGAUUCGUGAGGUUUUCAAUAUCAAGAAUGAUUUUACUCCUGAAGAAGAAGAGGAGAUCCGGAAAGAGAAUUCCUGGGCUUUCUACUGA